GGGUUCUGGUGAGGGGAGCACAGUUUGUGGCUGGGAGCUGGCCUACCUGGCCACUCACGCCAGUGGGCAGGAGGUUCACUGGGGCCCCCUUUGGUGGGCAGCCCUUGUUGCCAACUUGGGCGCCUCGGCUCAGGCCAUAACAGAGGUGUCAGGAAAUAACACUAUCCCCAGGCUUUCUCUCCCAGUUUCUAAUUUAGGAGAGCCAGCUCAAGGCCUAGAAUUCACUAAGGCUUUGUGGCUAUUUGUCCAACAGUCAGCAUGGAACACCGAAGCCGACCUCGGGGCAUUGGUCUGAGCCGAGUCCCUGGAACUCAGUCCCGAAUUCCCCGGGCCCCAGUCCCCUUCCAUGUGGAACAGGAGGCCAGAGGAGAAGAUGAAUCGGAGGUUCGAGAGCUACCUCGUCCGAGAACACCUACCCCUGUCUACAGAUCACCUCAAAGUGAAGAAAUGACAGACAACGUUAUUAUGGUUUCCAAGCCAGCACCUUAUUGGGAAGGAACAGCUGUGAUAAAUGGAGAAUUUAAGGAGCUCAAGUUAACUGAUUAUCGUGGGAAGUACCUGGUUUUUUUCUUCUACCCACUUGAUUUCACUUUUGUGUGUCCAACUGAAAUCAUCGCCUUUGGUGAUAGAAUUGACGAAUUCAGAUCAAUCAACACUGAAGUGGUAGCCUGCUCUGUUGAUUCACAGUUCACCCAUUUGGCCUGGAUUAAUACUCCUCGAAGACAAGGAGGACUUGGGUCAAUAAGGAUUCCACUUCUUGCAGAUUUGAACCAUCAGAUCUCAAAGGACUAUGGCGUAUAUCUGGAAGACUCAGGCCACACUCUUAGAGGUCUCUUCAUUAUUGAUGACAAGGGAAUCCUAAGACAGAUUACUCUGAAUGACCUUCCCGUGGGUAGAUCCGUGGAUGAGACACUACGUUUGGUUCAGGCAUUCCAGUACACUGACAGACACGGAGAAGUCUGCCCUGCUGGUUGGAAACCUGGUAGUGAAACAAUAAUCCCAGAUCCAGCCGGGAAACUGAAGUAUUUCGAUAAAAUGAACUGAAAAUACUUCCUCAGGUCACAGUGCUUGAAACUUCUCAAUAAAACUCACUGUGUAUUACCA